UGUAGUGCAGUUACAUAAAAGUGUUCAUUGUUCAGGAACUCGGAUCACUAGUGCAGAAGCAGGUCCUCCUUGCACAUCAAACGAAUUACUGCAGUAUUGUCCUUUUCAACCUAAAGAGCAUAUUAUUUACAAUCAACAGAUCUUUUGAGGAACCUGCCACUUAAACUCCUGGAGCAUCUGAACUUCACUGACAACUGAUUGUGAGCAAAAACCCAUUGCAGUUUCAACAGGAAUAAUUUUAAAAGCUCAAAGAUGGCGGCUUCCUUGCUCAGGAUAGGACGACUUUGCCCUCUCAAGUGUCUGCAUGCUGAAAGCUGGAGCACUCAGAGAAGAGCUCCUGCAGCAGCGCUUCUCUGCACGAAAUCUGGUGGUCCCAAGAAGCCAUCCAAGAAGAGCUCAAAAAAAAACGAGUCCAAAACUUACUUCGAUAUAGAAAAACUUGUCCAGCACAGAACGUUUGUGGAUUUUCCCAAGAAAGAAGUUUCCCCAGCAGUAGUUGCUGCAGCAGCAGAAUCUGCUGCCACUUUUAAGCCUGCCAUUGAAGCCGUUACUGCUGAGCCCAUAGCUGUUGAUGGUGUAGCUGCUGCUUCAGCAGCUGAAAGUGCUGCCCCUGUGGCUGAAGUCCCUGCAGUUGCGGUUGACACAACCGAGUCUGCUCCAGUAGUUGAAGCAGCUGCUCCUAUUGUUGAAGCUGUAGCUGGCCCAGCAGCUGUUGCUCCCGCUGCUGCCGAUGUCGCUCCAGCAGCUGCAGUCACCGCCCCAGCUGUUGAGCUUGGCAUUGAAGCUGCUAUACCUGCAGGUGAAGAAGCGCCAGUUGCUAUUGAAGCCUCUGCUGAAACUGCUGCCCAUGCUACUAAAGCUGCUCCAACGGCUGAAGCUGCUCCAGCUGUUGUAGCAGCUGUGCUUGAACCCGCCGCCGCCGCAGAAGCCGCCGCCGCCGCAGAAGCCGCCGCCGCCGCAGAAGCCGCCGCCGCCGCAGAAGCCGCCGCCGCAGAAGCCGCCGCCGCAGAAGCCGCCGCCGCAGAAGCCGCCGCCGCAGAAGCCGCCGCCGCCGCAGAAGCCGCCGCCGCCGCAGAAGCCGCCGCCGCCGCAGAAGCCGCCGCCGCCGCAGAAGCCGCCGCCGCCGCAGAAGCCGCCGCCUCCGCAGAAGCCGCCGCCGCCGCAGAAGCCGCCGCCGCCGCAGAAGCCGCCGCCGCCGCAGAAGCCGCCGCCGCAGAAGCCGCCGCCGCAGAAGCCGCCGCCGCAGAAGCCGCCGCCGCAGAAGCCGCCGCCGCAGAAGCCGCCGCCGCAGAAGCCGCCGCCGCAGAAGCCGCCGCCACAGAAGCCGCCGCCACAGAAGCCGCCGCCACAGAAGCCGCACCUGUAGAAACGGUUGAUGCUGAGGCUGCCCCUGUUGAAGCUGAAGUCAUAGCUGAAGCUGCCCCAGUGGAAAGCGCAGAGGAGCUUGUAGACCACGCCUCAGUUGUGGCUGAAGCUGCUGGAGAGGAGCUGCAGGCAGAAGCCCAGGCGGAACCUGAACCGGUUGAGGCGUCAGAGGCUCAGUUGGACCCAAUUCAGAAACUCUUCCUUGAUUCAAUACGUGACUACUCCAACAAGAGCCAGGCUGCUGGUGGUUUGAUUGAUGCUGGUGCUGACUAUCAAAAAGCCUUGGGAGAGGAGUUGACUAAACUGCAGCGACUGUAUGGUGGUGGAGAUCUCACAGUUUUCCCAGAAUUCAAGUUCCCAGAGCCUAAAUUGGAUGAAGUCUCCUCCAAGUGAAAACCGACAGUCAGCUUUCAGGCGUUGCCUUUUCCUGUUAUAUGAAGUUGAAGUCCAGAUAAUUACCAACUGUAAUCAAGUCAAAGCUAAAACUGUUUCCAGUAAUUUUGUAUGUGGAAAUAUAACAGUAAAUUGUCAUUAUUUGGGAGUUAGACACGUGUUGGAAGAUAGGAUGAUUUUUGAGCUGUGAAAUAUGCUUUGUCUGAGCGAUGCAGGAAUGAGCUGAAUGUGGAAGUAAAUAAACUCAUCCAUAUUUUUCUCCUUGUC